AAAUCUUGAUAGAACUGCAAUUCAAGGAUUACAAAUUUACAAUGUAGUGAGUGGCUUUUGCUUUGCUUUUCCAAACAACCGGUUGCUUUUGCACACCCCUCUCUCUCUCUCUGCUCGCUCAAUAUAUUACCGUUAUCUCCUCACAUUAGCGUAUUUUCUCUUUCCUUUUCUUUUCUUUGACAUUGUUCUCGAGAAAAUUCUCUGGACAAGCAGUGUCACAGAAAUGUUGAAGAGACAAGAAACUCUGCUGUCAUCUUCAUCUCACCGCGAAACGGUAUCGGAAAAUCAGCAUGCAAAAGCCAUCGGUUGCAUGUCCGGCAUUCUGCAGCUCGUCUCCAAAUACCAUCGUCGCCGUCGCAAAUUCCUUACUUUUGGAAGAAAGCAGGAAAAAAAUGCUGUGCCCGGUGCCUCAAAGGCUGUACCCCAACCUCAAGCUGCCCAAGUUUGUGAUAAACGGCGAUUCUCGUGUGAUGUGCCGAGAAGCCCGACGAUUCCGGCAGAGAUCAGGAGGUCGAAUUCGCCGCCAGCCGUGGUGGAGCGGGUGAUGGGGUCGGAGAAAAUUACUGCGGCGGAGGAGAGACGGAAGCUAAUGGGAGCGUUAGAGAAAUGCGACGAAGAACUGAAAGCGCUUAAGAAGAUCAUCGAAUCCGUGCGAUCGUCGGAGCAUCUCAAAUCACCGCCGGUGACGGUGAAGAAGUGUUUGGACUUCAACUGUGAGCAGCCAAGUCCGGUGUCGGUGCUCGACGAGUUCAUUACUCGCUCCCCUUUGAUCAGCGAACGCAAAAGACACUCUAAUGGAAGAGUGGCGCAGCAACAUAAGCAGCAGUCGAGGAAGAAACCGGGAGAAGAGGACAUUGUGAAUGUGUGUUUCCUCAACAGAGUGGCGACAGAACCAUUUGAGGCGAAGCACGAGCCUGUAGUAGCGACGCCAUUAUGGAGCAGCAGAGCAAUGGUAGAGAGCGUAGAGCAAGUUUGCAGGGACAUUGCAUGGGGAGAGAAGAGGGAAGUUGGGAGAAUAGGAUUGGCAUUACAGGAUCACAUAUGCAGAGACUUGAUCGAAGAGAUUGUUAAGGAGUUAAAAUGUUGUUGUGUCUAUUCACUACCCCUUGAGGCAUGUAAGAGAAGACUAUCCUUCUAAUAUGUUUCUUAUUGACAUCAUUUUCACCCAUAAAACCAGGCCUCUAUAAUCUCCUGACUUUGUUUUGUUUUUAUUUUUUAUUUUUAUUUUUUUUAUUUUUUAUUUUACAAAUUCAGUGUGGAUUGGUUUUCAAUUUUCAAAUGAUUCUAUUUUCUUAUUGAGGAUUUCAGAUGAUUUGGUUCUUAAAUUUUUAAAAACCUUUUGGACUGAACCAUACAAUUAUACAAUGGAGACAUAAUGGAAGUUUGUGUACCAAACUAUUAAUUAAUGGACACCUCUAAUUCAACGCCUACAGUUUCUUUCAAGUGCAUCAGACAAUUAUUAGUUUUUUAUUUUAUUUUAUAUGGGAGUAGUUUCAAGAGAAUUUAAACUCUCCACCUCAUCCAU